AUGGCAACGCCUGCAAUGUUACCACCCACCGCUAAACUCAACGUAUCCGCGCCGAACCCUAGCGACAGUGCCCGAAUCGCCGCCUCCAACGAGACUGCCAACGCCUUCCUUGGCAUCCGCAAACCAAGAGCCCGGUCGGCCAUCGGUGACAAAAUCAUCGGCAACAAGGAUGCCGCUCCCGGAGUCGCGGGCUCGGGCGUGCGCGCUGUCCUUCCCUCUCCCACACUUACCAACGAACGGAGUCCUUCUGCAGCAGUAGCGCACACGAGCCCGAAUAGUUUCACCUUUGAGCUGCAGCCUGGUGGCGUCCGCGACCCUAAUCGUCAACCCAUGCCCGGCGCAGCCGGUUCUAACCCGGCAACAUCGCGUGGUGCUUCAUCGGACCCCAGCCCGCUCAUGCCGCCCACGACGCGUUCAGACCAGCUGCAUGCAUCCGCUACAGGAGCAGUUGCUUCAUCGCCUCAGGUGUCUUCCCAUGCGAUUCCACAAAGGGCCAUCGCCGUCAUUGGAGCUCUAGAAUCAGCCGGCCCCACAAAUAGUAUAGUACCGUCCGCAUCACCUGGUAUAACGACCUUGUCCUCGGCCACCCGGAAGCGGAGCAGAAGUGACAACGAUCACCAGGAGAUUGGGCUUCAAAACCCGAAGCGCAGCCUUGUGGACGCUGCUGUACCAGACAGAGCCCGCCGACUCUCAAGAAGGUCAUUCACGGGCAGCCUCUACGUGCAGCUCGAGCAGCAUAUAGCCCAGUUCGGGGGCCUCAACGGACUACGCGGGGAACUCGAGAGGCCGCGAUACUCCAACCUGUUGGUGGCAUGCAGCCGAGAUGACUUUUUCUACAUCGUCACACACCAGCUGUACUGCCUCUGGUCUCUAGACAGACAUACCGUCCACGAGGCCCUAGGGUCUAUGAAACCGCAAUUGGUGGACAAGGCAUUUGACCACCUUUCUAAAAUACUCAGGUCAAACCAUGACAUGGUCCAAUCUCAUUUGAUGUGGCUCGCUCGCUUCCCCUCGCUCUCGGAACCAAGCACCCAGUCGGCUUACAACACGACUGCCGAGCAGGUGGCGAAGUUCCUAGAAAACUUGGGCAACAGGUGGACGGAGAUGUUGGACCAUGCAGUCAAGAGAGGUUACCCGAUCACCGUGGGCGAUAUGAUCCAUAUUCUAGGCUGUCUGUCGCCUGUCAUGCGAGUAACCUUAUUCACGGUAUCUCGUAGGUAUAUGGGCGUGUCUGACAACUCGUCCAGACCUCUCCAAGGCCUCUUCAAUGACGAGGAAUGCUUUGAGCUGCACGCGGAAGACGGGCAGUUGGGAAAACCCAAUGCAGUACGGGGAAAGUUCAUCGUCGCUUACAGGCAGCUCAUCGCCCAGUAUCGCCAGACACACCAUCGUGAUAUCACCAUUGCUACCCAAUCGCCCCGUCAGCAGCUGUACCAUCAACUACCCAGCCAAGGCUUUGCCUCGAGUGGAAGUAAUCCCCGAAUCCCGUCCAACCAGGGCGACGUUGCGCAGGCCCUGGCCAUGGUGGACCAGCAACACAGGGCACAGGAUCCCGCGCAGCGCCAAUACGUUCCGCAGCCUGCCCAUGUCACUCCUUACCAGAUGUACCAUGCCCAGUUUGGCGCGGCUGGCCAUGCACCACAGCCGCAGCCCGAAAACCGUGGAGGGAACUUCCCUACGAUGAGUCCUAUGGGCUUCAUGGCUCCUACGGCAGUAGCUCAUCCGGGGGGGUCUCAAGGGCAGCAGGGGCAGCCAUCACCGGGCGUCCAUGCCGCUCCUUCGCCGGCGGACAGCCGGCGUACAUCUGGCCGUGGUGCUACGGUGUCACUUGGACAAACGCACCGCUCCCUGUCAAGUAGCGGUGGCGGUGGACAGCGUCAGAGGGCGGCCCCCAUCGGGGUGAUACCGCAGUGCGAGUAUCCCGCGGGCCCGUUCGACUGGACCUCAAUUCGUAUCGGCGCCCACCUGACUAGGUUGCGCAGCCCACAGAGGGUGCCGGACGAGACGGCAUUUGGGCGCUACUACCAGUACGUCGCGGCGUUCGCUGUUGAGCCGACGCGCAUGUACCCGGAGAUCGGACUGAAGACGCUCCGGUUCUCGCUGACGGCCGAAGACGCGGCGCGGCUUCCUGGCAAGGACACGGGGUUGAGCGGGCUGCCGGUGCGGUCGUACUUUGAAGGCUGCACACGCUACCGUCUGCGCUGCUGCACAAUGUCCGGGGUUGCGCCUACGACAGAUGCCGCUAGCCAGGAUAACGCGGACGUGGUCCCGGAGUCCGUCUGGGCCGUGAAGAAGAUGCACUGGCCCGGCGAGAUAUACGCCUUUGUCAACGAUGUGGUCCUCGAGACAGCGCACAAACAGCACUUUCACCACGACAUGCCGACGGAGUUGACCGACUAUGUCGUCGCGGGGGAGAAUGUGGUGCAACUCAGCAUCCCGGCAACGCCGCCCAACCAGCUCGAAGUCGGAAUGGCAUUCUUCAUAGCUGUCGAGAAGAUCACGACAGCCAGACACGACGCACUCAUGGCGCAGGUGGGGCACAACCCACACGUGCCGGAGGAGUCGACUCGCACCGAGAUCAUCAAGCGAGCAGCUCUCCUGGGCGCAUCGGUCGCCAACGACGACGACCUCAUCAUCGAGGACAAGAGCCUCCACAUAGGCGUGACCGACCCUUUCAGCUCCGUGCUCUUCGAUGUGCCCGUUCGCGGCGCCUCGUGCAAGCACCUGGAAUGCUUCGACCUAUCCAACUGGCUGAUGACGCGCACGUCCAAGCCAACGGAUAAGUCGUCCCAGGAACCCUGCACGGUCGACUCGUGGCUGUGUCCCAUUUGUGGGGGGGACGCGCGACCCCCCUCUCUACGGAUAGACGACUUCUUCGCCGGUGUGCGGCGGGCCCUUGUCGAGAGCGGCAGAUCAGGUGCCCGGACCAGACGGAUCCGCGCCGCCCCGGACGGCACAUGGACCGCUAUGAUUGAACCAGAAGACGAAGAAGACGAAGAAGACGGAGGAUCGGAUGGGGAAGACGACGACGACUGA